GCCAUCUCUGGGUUGGCAUUAUGCCCAUUAUCUUAACAACUAUGUUACCUCUACCAGCGACAACAAUUAACGUUUACUAUGUUACCUCUACCAGCUGAGUCCAGGUUGGAUUAUUGAUGUUUCUACAUGUUGAAACAGAGCUUCGGGAUUGUAGUUUACAUGGUCCCAUCAGUAAAGGGUGUUUAUAGCUGAGAACCUUUGUGAUUUGCAUAAUGCCUUGUUUAAUGCCUUGGGUUCUCGAGAGCAAGGGCACGACGUUAUUGCGCUGGCGGCUUGCGAGAAAUGCCGUGCCACCACUUCUAGGAAAUCUAAUCGGCGCUAUUCUGCAGUAAAAUCCUCGUCUUUCAUUUGUCGGAUAUCCUCGUUGGAGAAUUGCAUUUUUCUACACUUUGAGUGGCUAAAAGCAUGUGAAAAGCAUUCUUCUCUUUUUAAGGACACUCGAAGGACGUUUUAUGACUGGGUUUCUUCUCGCUCCCUCUCCAGAUUUGUGAUUUGCAUUGUGUUUACAUAAGUCUGGCCACUUGACAGUAACAUCGGUCGCCUAGGGUGGCUACAGACAGUUCGUUUUUUUUUUUUUUUUUUUACACAAUGGAAGUAUUAUUCAAACAGUUGAGGCAAUGAUGUUUCUUUUCUCAGACAAAGUGGCAUAUCUGAUCAAAUUCAGGAGGAUGCAAGGCCGAAAAGGAAACGUAAUUUAAAAAGUAGGCUAUGUUUUAUUAUUUGAAUAAACGAUCAUCAUGAUGUUUAUUCUUAUCCCACUAACCUGAGUACUGGACAUUUAUUGUUCAGUAACGGAACUUUUCUUGCUCUGACAGCAUUGCAUCACCCCUGUGGCAAAGGAGUAUCUCUGGAACAAGCGCGGAGCACAUCUUUACCCCACAUUUAUCAGCUGCCCCAUUGAUUCUUUGUAUUGUUGUAAAAGGUGCACUAUUUACAGAUGUAUGUCGGACUUGAUGAGCCCGUGCGGGAAUGCCAGUAUAAUCAGAUCUGCACGCGCAACUCGUUACCUAUGGAGACCUUAGGACACAAAAAGAAGAAGAUUCCCCGAAGGAAGUGGCAGGUCUUUCCCGGUCGAAAUAGAUUCUACUGUAAUGGAAGGGUCAUGAUGGCGAGGCAGACCGGGGUCUUCUACCUAACCCUAGUCCUCAUCAUGGUCACCAGCGGGCUUUUCUUCGCGUUCGACUGUCCGUUCCUGGCGUCCAACCUGACCCCAGCCAUCCCAGUGAUCGGAGGGGUGUUGUUUCUCUUUGUGCUGGGGAUGCUCUUCAGGGCCAGCUUCAGUGACCCGGGGGUCCUGCCCCGCGCCACGCCCGACGAGGCUGCCGACCUGGAGAGACAAAUAGACGCGGCUAACGGCCCCAGUGGUCCAGGGUACAGGCCGCCCCCGAGGACCAGAGAGGUGGUCAUCAACGGGCAGACGGUGAAGCUCAAGUACUGCUUCACCUGCAAGAUCUUCAGGCCCCCACGGGCCUCGCACUGCAGCCUGUGCGACAACUGUGUGGAGCGUUUUGAUCACCACUGUCCCUGGGUGGGGAACUGUGUGGGCAAGAGGAACUACCGUUUCUUCUACCUCUUCAUCCUCUCCCUCUCCUUCCUCACUGUAUUCAUAUUCGCCUUCGUCAUCACACACGUCAUCCUAAGAUCCAACCGGACAGGCUUCCUCAGCGCACUCAAAGACAGCCCUGCCAGUGUGCUGGAGGUGCUGGUGUGUUUCUUCUCGGUGUGGUCCAUUGUGGGUCUGUCGGGCUUCCACACCUACCUGAUCAGCUCCAAUCAGACCACCAAUGAGGAUAUUAAAGGCUCGUGGUCGAACAAACGGGCGAAGGACAACUACAAUCCCUACAGCUACGGGAACAUCCUGACCAACUGCUCUGCUGCCCUCUGUGGUCCUCUUCCACCCAGUCUUAUUGACAGAAGAGGCUUCAUCCAGUCAGACACACCACAGCCUGUGUCACACUCCAACGGAAGCAGCAUGUACGCCUCCACCCAGCUUCACACUCACAUGUGUGACCAAGAGCACUGCAUUCAGAGCACCAAAUUCGUUUUGCAGGCUGCCGCCACCCCCCUGCUCCACAGCAACCCCGUCAUGAUUGGUGGAGGGGGACCCCCUUUCCCUGGGAAGAGUUCCUUGGUGGUCCCCUGUGCCUCCCUGGUCCCCAGCCAGCCCUCCCUGCCCUCCAUGCCCGGGCUGAGCUGUGCAGGGGACAUGUUGACUCUGAGGGACCCAGACACCCACUGCCACCACCACCACUUUGCCAGCCCCGAGGAGACUCCCUCGCCCUCUGGCCCUAUGCCUCUGACUUUGCCCUGCGCUGCCCACAUGACCCACGGGGGACACAUCCACCCGGCCCAGCUCUACGACCCUGCCAGCCAGGACUCUCUGCACGAGGACUCUGUCAGGGGCCUGGUCAAACUCAGCUCUGUCUGAGACUGGGCCCCACUGCUAUUUCCCCCUGGAACCACUACCCAGACUCUGUUAGCGUGCCAAAUGGCACCCUAUUCCCUAUGUAAUGCACUACUUUUGAUCAGAGCCCAUGAACUCUGGUAAAAAGUAG